AUAAUCGAGCCCAAUGAAGGAAGGACUUUUAAUGAAACUUGAAAGGUGGCACAUAGAACAUUUAUGUUCAGAAGAUACGAUGGAGUGGGUGAUUCAAUGACACAUCAAAUGGAAUGAGGCAGGGGGAGGGGUAUGACAGUAAGAAGAUGAAAACCGCAACGUUUCCACCAAAGCCCUUGAUUUCUGUAGCAGACAACAUUACAGCUUCAACUGUCCCUCAGCAGUAAAGAAGGUGCUGUACCACUCAUACCAUAUCCAGGGUAGCAGUGCAUUUCACUUACACUUGCCUAUUCAUAUCAAGUUAUUUUAUUUUAUAUAAAAAUGGCUGAUGCUGUUCCUAAAGAUAAGAAGAAGCGCAAAAGUGAAGUGAAAAAGUCGGAUCUGCCUGAUGCCAAAAAAGCUCCAAUAGCUGACCCCAGCUUGGCAGGUGCAAAAGAAAAAGCAGAUGGACGAAAAUCUUCUGCCAUGCCCAAAACCGCACCCAACCCAAAGUCUGAAGCAAAAAUAGACGCUCUGUCUGCAGAAGAAACACCAAAACCAAAAUCAAUUCUGAAACCUCCUGUGGAAUCAAUACCUACACCAUUACCUAACUUGAAACCUGCAGCCACUGUUCAAAGCAAUGAAAAUGAAACUCCAAAACCAAAGCCUGCUUCAAGACCUGUUGCUACUAUUGAAGAUGAUGCUGAAGAACGUUCUUCAGAAUACGCAGUUGCUACAGUGGAAGUUGCUGAAAAAGAACCACAACUGAAACCAGUUACCGGAGCUGAGGUAUUUGACAAUGAAGGUACUUCAAAACAAAUUCUGAAACCACUUAUAUCAGUGAAGAAGGAUGGAAAUGUCACAUCUCUAUCUCGCAAGAGCAGCUACAUGGCACCUAAAGCAGCUACUAGGAGGGAAGUGGAACUGCUUUAUGACCUGGACAAUGAGAAGCUUGCUGAACUCAAAGAGGCCUUUCACUUGUUUGACCUGAACCACGAUGGGUUUAUUGAUAAAGAUGACUUGAAAAACACAUACAUCUCUCUGGGAAAAACACAUAUAUGUGAUGAGGAUAUCCAAAACAUGCUGUCUGAGGCCAUAAACCCUUUAGACUUUGAUGCCUUUGUGAUUCUUCUUGGAUAUAAAUCAAUAGAACUGGACCCAGAAGAAGUUCUUCUAGAAGCACUGUCACAAUGGGACUAUGACAACUGUGGUUUGAUCUCAGAAGAAAGAAUCAAACAUGACCUGAUGAUGUGGGGUGAUAAAUUUUCAUCAGAUGAGGUUGAAAUGGCACUAGAAGAUGCACCAGUGUUUUACCAGCAAAAUACUGGUGCCUCCAUGAUUGACUAUGUAAAAUUCUGCAAGAUACUUUGUGGAUUGCGUAAAAAGCCCAAGAUGCCUCAACCAGGGUAUUAUGAGCUUCCAAAAUGAAAAACAAUACAGUUCAUGUGGCUUAUUUACCACAACAAUUUGCCAAAAUUCCAAUACUGAUGUCAUGUCUAUGUACUAUGAAUAAAAGUUACAUGAACUCAUGUCAA